CCUUUUCAGAAGAACAAGUAAGUCUCAUGUCUUGUAUUUUUUGCAAAUUAAUUAAGAAAAUGCUAGUAUGAAAAUGGUAUAUGCAAACAUGGAAUAAUGGAAAUUCCAUAAAAUCCUUCCUUAAGUGGUAGCUUUUUUCUGUUUCGGUCAUAUUAGUUCAUCCGAGGUAGGCUUACUUUUGAAAGUUUGGCAUUUCUAUUUUGUAAUAAUAAUUAAUCUGGUUUGGUGCAAUUCGCAGAAGAAAGUGAUGGCGGACGACUUUGUUUCCAUUAACAUAACUGAAAUGAUUGCAAAAUUAUCCCCAAUACAACCUGAACGUUGCAUUUGCAAAGUGCCUAGUUAUCUUCGCAAGGUAGAUGAGCAGGCCUAUGAACCACAUCAACUUGCAAUCGGUGCUUACCACCGCGGUAAGGUUCACUUAGAAGCAAUGGAAGAGCACAAGCUUCGGUAUCUUCAAAAGCUACUUGAAGAAAGAAAGGAGAUCAAUGAUGUCUCAAAAUAUGUUAAGGCAAUGAAAGAAUUAGAGACAAGAGCUCGCGAUUGCUAUACAGACCCAGUAAAUCUUGAAUCAGAUGAUUUCGUCAAAAUGAUGCUCCUCGAUGGUUGCUUUAUUGUUCAGCUAAUUCGGAUGUAUUUUGACAUUUCAUUGAGGGUGGACAAUGACCCCAUUUUUGAGGCGGCCGGUUUGAGUUACUUCUUAUGCCGUGAUUUGUUAUUACUUGAAAAUCAAAUUCCCUUCUUUGUUGUAUUGGAGUUACUUGGUAUGAUUGGGAUUUCCGAUAAGGAAGAUUUCACUAGAAUGAUUCUGGAAUUCUUGAAGUACACAUUACCAGAUUCAAGGUUUUUUGAAGAUGGUGUAAAGUCGAUCAAUGAAAUCAGACAUCUACUGGACUUGAUACAUGAAUACUGGCGUCCUUCGCCUAUAGAAAUUGCGGCCUAUCGAAAUGCGAAAGAAACGGAUACCAGCCUCACACGUUGUGCCACGGAACUCAAAGAGGCUGGAAUCAAGUUCAAAAAGGUGAAGGGACAGAGCUUGUUUGAUAUUAAGUAUGAAAAAGGGACUCUGAAAAUCCCAACCUUGGAAAUCAAUGAUUGGACAAACUAUUUGCUUCGGAAUCUCAUUGCCUUGGAGCAGCUUUCCCCGUACCGAUGUAUAAAUCAUAUCACGGAUUAUACCGUAUUCAUGGACUGUCUUAUUAACUCAGCAAAAGAUGUGGAAAUACUCACACACUGUGGAAUUGUUGAUAUCAAUUUAGGUGACGACGAAGCAGCUGCCACCAUGUUUAAUAGGCUUACUGACUCAGUAUUCUACUCCUCCUCAACCUACUACUACCGUGAAGUAUCUGACGAAGUGAACGCAUAUUGCAGAAAACGCCAGAAUAAAUGGCUUGCCAACUUGAAUCACAACUAUUUCAACAGUCCUUGGGCACUUGUUUCCGUUCUUGCCGCUGCUGUCAUCGUUCUACUUACCCUCAUGCAAACCAUAUUUUCUGGAAUUGCUCUUUGA